GUACUAUGAAAUCAUACGAUAAGCAAAUACUUUAAUUUUCUGAAAAUCAAAUUUAUGGAUACAUAAAAGAGAAACUAGAUGUCUGUUACAUUAUCUUCGUUCAUGUGGAAGCACGAUACUUGUGAGGCAAUGGACAUGAUGUUAAACUUAUAUUUACAUGGAAUUGACAGUAAAAUUAUUGCUUUAACCAUUGAGGAGGAUUCAAGUGUUACAGAAUUGAAGUCUCUUAUUCACCAAAAGACAUCAAUAAGUUCGGAGGACAUGCGAGUAUUUUACCUAUGUAAAGAACUCAACAAUGUUGAAGGCAACAAGAAAGAGCUAAUGUUGUCAGACUACAAUAUCCUGAAUGAAGGAAAUUUGGUUGUGGUAUUACGUCUUCAGCAAGGACCAUACAGAGCUGAUCUUACAAGAGAAUCCUGGUCGGUAAAAGAUGUGGAUGUCGUUCAUCCAGAGAAAUUAGAAAUCAUCCCAUCAAAAAAGUUUAUUAUAGAUCCUGACGUUGAGCUUUCCCCAGAGCCUGAUAUAAUUACUUUUGAAGACGACCCAGGUGCACAAAGAGCAAGAAUGCCAUGCGGUCAUGCAAUAGGUGCUGAAUCCCUUACUGAAUAUUGCAGAAGUGUUUUACUAAGUGGAAAAUUAGAGUUCAGAUGCCCUCACAUGAAUCCGGAACCAUGCGACGAGCUGUGGGAAUUUAGUAUUGUAAAAAAAUGCGCAGCACUUACUGCAGAAGAACAAAGAGAAUUUGAAACAAAACUUUCUAUGAACUAUCUAUCUAACUUUAUUGGAAUGCAACAGUGCUUGCAAUGUCAGUCUUUUUGUGCACGUGUAAAUGAGGAAACUGUUCGCACUCUUUGUUUGGUUUGUACAAAGAAGGGCAAUUCUGCCGUCGAAUUCUGUUGGUCUUGUCGUCGGACAUGGCAGACAUCAAUAAGUACUGACUGCGGUAAUUUUAAUUGUCCAAGUGAAGAUCCAAGGAAAAAGAUAUUGCGUGAAUGCAAGGAAAAGGAAAUUAGUGGAAUAAACUGUCCAACAAUUAGAGCUUGUCCUAAGUGUGGACUUAUGAUUGAACACAUUGAUGGUUGUAAACAAAUGCAAUGCACAUGUAAACAGAAAUUUUGUUUUCUUUGUUUGCAAAUGGCAAAUAAUCAAGGUGCUUAUAUAUGUGGGUCAACUUAUAACAAAUGCGAAAAAGCCCCAGCUCAGGUAGAAAUUCCAUGAUUCAGUAAAAUAAAAACGGUUUAUGCUUAAAAAAUUUGUGAAAUUUAUCCUGUAUCUCGUUUAAAUCCUAAUCUUGAACGUAAUUAAGAACGACGACAUUCUCGUUAGAAGCUAAAAAAAUGUAUGAAGACAUUAAAAUACUGAUAGAUAGAAGUAUAGUUUUAAGUCUUUUUAAGGAAGCGUAUACAUCUUUAGCACGAUAUAAUUUAACUCACCUGACCCAAAGGCCAUGUGAGCUAUUGCUAUCACUUGGCGUCCGUCGUCGUCGUUAACUUUUUCAAAGAUCUUCUCCUCUGAAAGUUUUGAAACAAUUUUAACAAAACUUGGUUUGGAUGAUCCUUAUGGUAUCCAGUAUAAAGUUUAUGUUAUUUUAUUCCGCUUUGCCAACGAACAUGGCCGCCAUGGGUAAAAAUAAAACAUCGUGGUACAAUGCAGUUAUUGGCCUAUAUCACAAAAUUUAAAGAGUUAGAGCAAAACUGAUCGAGUUUAAAUGAUCAGCAGGUUAAGAUCUAUUUGCUAGAUAAUUUGGAUUUUAUGCCCCUGAAAUAAUUAUUUUUAUGAAAUUUCCCAGUUUUUGUUUAUCAUCUUGAAAACUGUCAUAGAUAAACAGAAAUUUUAAACAGCAAACAUGUUCAGCAAAGUAAGAUCUACCAAAGUAAAGUAUAAGGACCGAAUUCGUCAAUUGAUCCCUUAUUGGAGUUUUUGCACUUAAAAGCUCAUUUUAUGAAAUUUUUUUCAUUUUUUUUUUAGCAGAAACUAUAAUGGGUAGAGAGAAAUUUAAAACAGCAAAAUUGUUCAACAAAGUAAGACCUGCAAAUCAGUCAUUAGAAAACCGAAAUCGUCAAUUGAUUAUUUAUAGGAGUUAUUGCCCUUAAAGGAUGAAUUUUACCAUAUUAUUUUCAAUUUUUUGCAAAAACUAGGACAGAUAUCUAGAGAAACUUCAAAUAGCAAAAAUGUUCAGCAAAAUAACACCUACAAAUAGUUCAAACAUGACCGAAAUCAUCAACUGAUCAGUUAUAGGAGUUAUUGCCCUUGAAAGAUGAUUUUUCACGCCAAAGCCUGUUUAUUUAUAAUUAUUUUUAAAUAUCAAAUACAAUUUUAUAAUGAAAAUGACUAUUAGUUAUUAUAUCAGAUUAUUAAAUUGAAUAUUUCAACAGAUAACAACACAUUUGUUUUGUAGGGCAAAAAAGCGUUAGGAUUCUUAUAUAUAACAGUUAUAAUAGAAUUAUAAACACUUAUCAUGGAUGUACAUUUGUUUAAUUUUAACAUGCUUUCUUUUAACAUUUAUAAAUGCUAUAGUCUGUUUUGUCAAGUGUUUUUGUUUUUGUGUCCCUAAUAAUAUAAGUUGAUUUAUAAGUCUAUAAAGUUUUUUAAUUGAAUUUGAUUAUUUAUUUCCUUGAUUUUCACUAGCGCUGAAGAAUGUUGCCUUUACACUAAUUUAAUGUACUAUAUUUGACAAUAAAAUUAAAAUCUUA